AUGUCACAAUACGCGAAGGAGCUCAAUGCCAUCAUCAUUGGUGCUGGCCCUGCCGGCAUUGCCAUGGCGUAUAGGUUAAAGCAUGAGUUGCAUUUUGACGACUUCACGAUUUACGAAAAGCUUGAUGGUGUCGGUGGAACUUGGAGAACGAACACGUAUCCAGGAUGCGGCUGUGACUUGAAGUCACAUCUUUACUCCUUCAGCUUCAAUAUGAAUCCGAACUGGUCGAAGGAGCUUUGCGAGCAACCCGAAAUUCUUCAAUAUAUGGAAGAUACCUGUUCGAAGUUUGAUCUUCACAAGCACAUUCACACCUCAGUUGAGUGUAUGGGAGCAAGAUGGCACACCGAUAUCUCGAAGUGGGAGGUCAAUCUAAAGGAUCUCCAGACGGGCAUUAAGUAUUCUCGGUAUGCCUCGGUCCUGGUUUCUGCUGUGGGCGCAAUCUCCUUUCCCCGAGAUGUCAAAUUCUCUGGGAUGGAAAAGUUCAAGGGGCAUAUGUUUCACACAGCGCGAUGGGAUCAUGGCGUCGAUUACAAGGACAAAAGGAUCGCGGUUAUCGGCAAUGGCUGCAGUGCUGCGCAAGUGGUGCCGGCCGUAGCAAAACACGCAGCUCUCGUCAAGCAGUACGCCAGAAGUGGACAAUGGUUUCAUGCCCGCCCGAACAAGCAAUACUCGGAGACAGAAAGGUUCAUGUUUCGGUGGGUGCCUUUGUGGAUGCGAUGGUUGCGGUUACAGAUCUUUCUCGAUGCCGACGAGGAGACAACGACAUAUUUCCCAACUCCCAAGGGACUGAAGGCUCGCGCGGAGGCCGAGGCAGAAUCAAAGAAGUACAUCAAGUCCGUUGCGCCAAAGAAAUACUGGGAUCACAUUAUUCCCAACUUUCCCCUCGGUUGCAAGCGUCGCAUUUUCGACCCCGGCUACCUUGAAAGUCUCAAUCUCUCCAACGUCGAGCUUCUUCCCGAGGGAAUCAAAGAUAUCACCGAGACCGGAAUUAUCAGCUCUUCUGGAAUCGAAGAUGACUUCGAUAUCAUUGUGUUGGCAACAGGAUUCCAGGUUUCCCAAUUCUUGACGCCGAUGCACAUUGUCGGCUCGACUGGCAUCUCCUUACACGACCAAUGGAAACAGUGCCGCGGAGCCCAGGCCUAUCUUGGGACACAUGUGCACAACUUUCCCAAUCUCGCCAUUCUGUUUGGCCCCAACACCUUCCCUGCGAAUAAUUCAGCCCUGUUCGCUUGCGAGACCCAGGUUGACUACGCGAUCAAGUCCCUAUUCACACCCCUCAUUGAUCACAAGGCUGCUGUCAUUGAGGUCAAGCAAUCCGCAGAGGACAGAGAAACGAAUGCAAUUCACAAAUCUCUGCGUGAUACAGUCUUUUCUGGAGAUUGCUCCAACUGGUACAUUGGAGACUAUGGAAGGAACGCGGCGUCAUGGCCUGGAUUGGCAAGGUCAUUCUGGUUCAAGACUUACUUCCCCGACUGGUCUGCAUUCAACAUGAGUGGAGGAAGUGCCAUUUGGCCUUUACUUACAAUCCGUCGCUGGCUGAGCACAAUGUCACCCAUUUCGACAGCCUUUGCUCUAGUGAGCCUCGCGGCAGCCGUUAGCCGCUACCGUGGGCUGGUCGAAGGUGUUGCCAUUAUGGGAUACUUGGAGACAGCCCUGCGUGCAGGAAUCUCGACUGUUUCGAAGUUUGCACAGUGA